AUGUGUGAAUGCAAAGAAGCAGCCACACCUAUGGCAACAAACUGCUAUCUUGACAAGGGUGAGAAAGGUAAAGACGAUGAUCAAAGGAUCUAUAAAGGUAUGAUUGAAUCCUUACACAUGGCAACCAACAGUUAUAUUGACAAGGGUGAGAAAGGUAAAGAUGUUGAUCAAAGGAUGUACAGAGUGAAAGGAACUAAAGGUGAAAAUCUGUUCCUUGAAGGAUAUAGUGAUUUAGAUUUUGGUGGAUGCAAACUAGAUAGGAAAAGCACUAGUGGCAUAUGUCAUCUUCUAGGUGGUUCACCGAUCUCCUGGAAUUCAAAGAAACAGGCUUGUGUGGCUCUGUCCACUACUGAAGCCAAGUACAUUGCAGCAGGAAGUUGUUGUGCUCAAUCUCUUUAG